AUGGUUUAGGAGACAAAAGCAGAAAGACGGCGAAUCACUCUGCAUUCCCACCCGAUGCUAUGUAGCACACACCGCCAAGUCACCAGACGGGUAUGGCCAUCACCAUCCCGUCACGUGCCAUCACGGAACUAUCACCAUACCACCCACCAUCAUACCACCAUCAUACCACCAUCACACCACCAUCAUACCACCAUCACACCACCAUCAUAUCACCAUCACACCACUUUCACAGCAGCUGAUAAACGCCAUAUCAAUAUGAUGUCAUCAUCAGGUCGAUAUAAUCACGACACCAAAUUUGGUUAAGUUGUAACAUCAUGAUUACACUUUCUCGGGAUCGUCCCACAACACAACCCUAACUAUUACAGUGCAUACUUACUUGUCUUGCGAGAUAAGGUAUAGUGGUCGCUAACCUUGGCCAACUCGUCGACAAUCACCAGACAACAAGGCCCAGCACAUAUCGCCUGUGGCUACCUAACAAGUCGUCUCACCAGGGUGGGGAUCAGCUUUUUUCCCUGGCGUGAUAUUGCUCGCCCUCGGGUAUGAUAGUACUCGGCGCAGGCUUGGCCACACCUUUGAGGCACGGACACGGAUCAUACAUAACAACCAGUAGGUUGAGGCCCAUGUGUCUCAAUAUUUGCCAGGAAGGGUGACUGCCAUAAUACUACAUGGGUUCUGUAUCUUCGGCAAAGCAACUGUUUGAACACAUCGGUAUGAGACAACCUCGCAACAUCGUCAUUGUCGGCGGCGUCGCGGGGGGCAUGUCAUGUGCUACGAGGCUCCGUCGGCUGGAUGAAGAUGCCGUAGUGACCGUCAUCGAAAAGGGGCCAUAUAUAAGCUACGCCAACUGUGGCAUCCCGUACGCUCUGGGUGGUGUUAUCAAGACUCAGGCGAUGCUGCACGCUAUGACCCUGGCCAAGGUGAAGAGCUUGUUCAACAUCAAUGUGCGGAGCGAAACUUUGAUACCCAGAUAAAGGAGGAAACGCAGCAGAACCCGGGUCCUGCGUCGCGGUCCCAGCCGAAGAAACGGUGCUGUGGCGUCUGUGGGAAGACCGGUCAUAACGCGAGAACUUGUCAGGUUAUUCUCUCAUCGUCUCCUCCAGACCAUGAGGGGUAAUUUCAAUUGAUUGUCUGCGGUUUGGUUGAGUUCUUGGUUGGAAUGUGCUUGAGGUCGGGGUGAGGUGGCCCACUCGCUUGGGUGGCCCACUCGCUUGUGGAAUACGUUACCCUCGGAAAAGAGAUGGAUCAAAAUGAUGGCUUGAGACGAGCUUGCCUGCGAACUUACCCAAAAGUUUGCGCUCGUAUCUGAUGCCAUUGUGGUACUUGACUCCGUUUCUGUCGGCGAGUGCGUGAGCCGGAGGCGGCGCCGAGCCCGGGGCGCUGGCUGGAGGCGGCGGCAGCAGCUGUCCUUUAUUGCGCUACUCUUCCUGCAUUUGCCAGACCCUU